AUGGGGUUGUCGUCGGAGAACGACCAGAACUUCAGCGGGAAGCACCACCUGGCCAUUGUCCUGGGCAUCGGGCUCGGCGUGGUCAGUCUAAUCAUCAUGUGUCUCCUAUUAACCGUCUUCAUCAACCGCCGCGAGCGCCGUCCCAACUGCAAGCGGAAGCGCGAUCCCAGCGACAAACUGCGCAAGCUGGAUGCCGUGUCGCCCACGCGCACCCUCGAAGAAUGGUGGUCGAGAGCCAAGGGGCCGCUUCUGCCGUCCGAAGGGGCCGACGGGCAAUUUAUCUGCGUCGUCUGUCUCGAAUCCGUCCUCCGCGCCCAGGAAAUUCACGAACUCAAAUGCCUGCACGUUUUCCACAAGGAAUGCCUCGAAAAGUGGUACCUCCAGGACCACUUCAACUGUCCGCUCUGUCAUCGGGCCUACUAUAUCCAAGAAUCGCAUCCGAGUAACGACUUUGUAUGGAUGGUAUGA